UAACCCCAUUAUUUAUGUUUUUGAUUAUACACGAUUUUAAAGUGAUAUUAGACAAAGACGUUCUGAACACAAUAUAAUUAAUUUUAUAAUAUGCUCUUUUACAUUUUACAUUAUUGAUUGUUCUUAUAUCAAUAUAAUUUUCAUAAUAAAACACAAGACAUACAAAUAUUAGUGAUCGAUUAUAUUUUUUUAUUUUGCUAUUCAGUUUAUUAAGUAUUUGAUAUUCAUUAUUAUUAUUUAUAAUGUUUUAGUUUCAUGAGUUACACAUCUUUUGUCUAUGUUUAUUAUCAUAUGUGAAAUUUGUAUAAUAAAUUAAAUGAUCUAAAAAUUGUAUUUUCAUUCCGUCAAUUAGCUCUAGAAGUUUAUAGAUUUUUAUAUUUUAUACCUAACACAAAAUGUCGAAAAACCGUUAUGUGAGCAAUUCAUCUCGAGGAAUAUUCGACGAAGAAGAUGAUGUGGAUGAUGAUGAGUUUUUGUCUAGGGUUCGUCCAAAAAUGAGUUAUAGAAAUGAUCUUUUAAGCAACAAUUUUGGCAAUCAAGAAUUCGAAAAUGCACACAGACAAAAGCAACAAGUUAUGGAAACUACUAGGGACGUAGAAAAUAGAACUUUACAAUCUACUGAACGAACAUUACGUUUACUAAGAGAGUCUGAAAAUAUUGGUACUGCUACAGCUGAAGUAAAUGAUUAUUUGUUAUAAAAACAAUUCAAUAACUUAUAAACUAUAUAGUUACACUAUUUUUAUUCCUUUUUUAGGAAUUAGUUAGACAAAAGGAACAACUACAAAAUACUGAUAAACGGCUUGAUGAAAUCAAUUCAAACCUACGUGUCAGUCAAAAGCAUAUACAAGGGAUAAAAGUAAAUAAUUAUAAAAUGUACUUUUAGGUAGUUAUAAAAAUCAUAUUAUUCAAAAUUUACGUAAAUGAUUACUUACCUUUAAUUAAUUGUGUACCAUAUGUUUUUGUCAAUAUCAUACAUAUCACAAAAUGUAUUUAAUAUAUUGAUAUCUAAUCAUUGUGAAACUUUAUUAUAACCAUAGACUAAAAUAUAAUUUUAUAAUUAGGUUAAAUAUGUAUAUAUAUGUUCGUAAAUAUAACUGCAAACAAAUGUAGUAACAUGUAUGUUUGUUUUUCAUCAAUUUUUCAUUUGAGGGUAUCGUAAAAAGUUUAAGUGUAUGAAAGUCCAGGUACCGAUGUUACCAACCUAAAAAAAGUACCUGUAUCCCACAGCUAAAUAAAGAGAGUAUACCUACUUAAAAAUUAUCCAUUUUGAAUUCAUUUUUUUAUUAUGAUUUGAAAUUUAUAAGCAUUUUAAUUGUUUUGAUAGAAUUGUAUUUUAUAUAGCUAAACACCUAUUUUUAGUAUACAAUUAAUUUGUAUUAAUAUAUAUAUAUAUUAACUUAGUAUUAGUGUUUAUAUAUUUAUGUAUAGAAGUACAAUUUUUGUUAUAAUAUUUUAGAAAAAAUUAUUAUGUAUUAUAGAGCAUUUUUGGAAGUUUUAAGAAUAUGCUUAGUGGUAAAUCAAACUUGCCACCACGUAACUCUACAAGUGAUAUUGAAUCGAUCGGUCCUCCAUUAAUAAAUGAAGUACGCAAGAGUACAUUGAGUGAAACAUUAUCACAAGCUAAUUCAAACUUAAAUUCUAUGGAUCAACAUCCUGGUAUUUUUAUAGAUUUUUAUUUUAUUUUUUUAAAUUAUAUUUAAUUUUAAUUUCAAAUUAAUAUCAAGGAUUACGAAUAAGAGGUUUGGUAGACAAUGAAUCAACUUCUCCAACUAAUACACAAUCUACAUUAGACAACAAUUUAGAUGAGAUUCUUGGUUCAAUGGCUCGAUUAAAAGGUAAUCAAUCAAUCAUUUUGAAUAAUUUGGACUAUUAUAGUUGGUGACAUGAAAACUGUCUAGUGACCAACACACUAUAAUGUCAUCCGGUACCCAUGGAUUCUUAAAAUAAACCAGUUACACUAUAGCCUCACACUGCAUGUAUUGUUAUGAUGACCACUGAUGAAAAACAGCUGCUAGGCUUGUUAUGGUCAUGGGCUAGUUUUUGUAUUAUCAAUUUUAAUUUCAUUAAUAAUUUAUAGGACUAGCAUUGGGUCUUGGUGAAGAAAUUGAUUCUCAAAAUGAUUUAGUUGAAAGCAUUCUUAAUAAAACCGACAAAGCUGACAUAAAUAUGGAACGUCAAAACAAAGAGAUAAAUCGUCUUUUAAAAAAGUAAUAUAUUCUAUUGAGCAACAUUCCUAUGAAGUUAAAUAAUUUGUUUAACAAAAUUAUUUAAAUACCUUAUUUUAUUAUUUUUAUCUAUUUUAUGUUACCAGUUGUUUAUAUAGGCUUUGAAAUAUUGAGUUUUACACAUUUUGUGUAAUUAAAAUUCAAUUAAUAUUCUAAUAUUUC